AUGGAUUCAAUUAUGGAAACUCAAAGGAAGUUACAUGAGGAACGCGAGCGGACAAUUGAAACAAUUGUAAAGGAAAUUUUGAGCGACAAGAAAACCCACAAAGCCAAUAUCAAUUCACAGCAACGCGUAAAACAGCUUGUCGAUAGGUAUCAUGCUUGUACCGAAAACCUUGAACGUAUGUACACUGACAAUGAUGGAGCUCGCAAAAGGGAGAUGGAUGCUAUUGCUGGGCCAAAUGAAUUUGCAGAAUUCUAUGCUCGUUUGAAGCUUCUGAAAGAUGCGCAUCGCAGGAAUCCUGAUGAGCUUGCCGAACCGCUUUCCAUGGAGUUCCAGAAAAUGCAUGAAGAAAUUGCAGAUCCUGAGAGAGAAGAAUACGAUAUGGUUCAAUUUACUGACGAGGAGGCAUAUGGAAGGUUUCUGGACAUGCACGAGAUUCAUGCCUUAUAUCUCAAUUUAAAAGCAGUGAAGUUAGACUCGGUUCUUCUGAGCGUGGAAUGUGCAUUCCUCGUUUUGCCAAAUGUGUUCUUAUUUCAGAGGCUUGAUUAUAUAACAUACCUCGCCCAGUUCGAUAGGUUCACAGAUAUUCCAAGGAAUACGACCAAGAAAACUGGAGCAUAUAAAGAGUAUCUAAACACCCUCAAGGAAUACCUCGUCUACUUUAUGGAGCGUACACGUCCCCUUCACAGUCUCAAGGAAGACUUUGCUAAAAGUGAUGCCGAGGUCGAUCGCCUACUUGCAGAGGGUACCCUGCCGGGAUGGCCAUCGCAGCCACCUCCGAAAGAGGCGGCCAUCGAUGUAUCUGCUUAUAGCAGUCCUUUAGAAUUGGAAAGUUUGGGUCUCGACAGGCUGAAAGCUGCUCUGAUGGCAUUGGGUCUCAAGUGCGGAGGAACAUUGAAAGAACGUGCUGAGCGUCUUUAUGCAUCGAAAGGCUUGAGAGCUGGUGAUUUAGGAAGGGACGCUCUGGCGAAAAAAACCGAUGAAGCGAAGGAACAUGCUCGGACUGUUGCAUUGGCUAAACUGGAAGGUCACAUUAAGUGCAUGGGUAAUCUUCUAAUGGAAGAGAGGGAUGCGACGCGUGAGAACGUGGAGAGGAAGCAGGCGCGAACUGUUGGAGAAAACGAAGACGACGACGAAGAGCCCCAGGUUGAAAGCGAUGAGGAGGAAAACGAUGGCGUACCGUACAAUCCCAAAAAUCUUCCCCUUGGAUGGGAUGGGAAACCGAUUCCGUAUUGGUUGUACAAAUUACACGGAUUGAAUAUCUCGUAUUCUUGUGAAAUAUGUGGUAAUCAAGUGUACAAAGGGCCGAAAGCUUUUCAAAAGCACUUCAAUGAAUGGCGCCAUUCUCAUGGAAUGCGAUGCCUUGGUAUUCCUAACACCGCUCACUUCGCGAACAUUACUCAAAUCAAGGAUGCACUCGACCUGUGGAAUAAAAUUAAAGGAGAUAAGGAACGUCAAAGGUGGAAUCCUGACAAUGAUGAGGAGUUCGAAGAUUCAGCUGGCAAUGUGGUUACAAGGAAAAUGUAUGAAGAUCUCAAAAGACAAGGGCUUUUGUAA